UGAUCCUUCACUCCGCCUCCUGUCGCUUGGCUGGUACAGAUGAAGUUGGAUUGAAUUACCCAGAGGUUGUACAGCCGCUCCUGCUCUCCCAGUACAAGCAGCUCCCUCGCCUCCAGCCCGAACAUUGUCCGCCUCUGCUCAGACAGUUUGUGGAUCGCAACUUUCUCUGCAAAUCGGAGGGAAGCAGCCUUGUGCGUGACCGGGGUUCGGGGUUCGGGGUCUGGGACAGACGGAAGGUAAUGGCCACCCAGUGACCUUCAGAGAUGCCCGCUCUCGCCCUGGCCGGGAUGCCUGCUCACCAGGUCCCAGGCUCCGCACUCCUCGCCCUGACCCUCCUCCUAGCGCUGGGCCCUCGGACACUGGCCACCGUCUUCCCCACGGACAUCGCACCCCUGAACACCGUCACCUCGCAGGAUUCCCAGGGCUACCCUGUGUUCUGUGGGUUGACGCCUGACAACGGCUCAGCCCCACCGCGCCUCGACUUCCAACGCAUGCUGAGGAUUAACCAAACGCUCUACGUCACAGCGAGGGACCACAUCUAUUCCUUUGACCUGGGAGUCAGUCCUCAGGAAGAACUGGUUCCACGCAGGAAAGUGACCUGGCGGACCAGGGUGAGCGACAUGCAGAACUGUGCCCUACGAGGGAAACGACACGAUGAAUGCCACAACUUUAUCCGCGUCCUGGUUCCUCGGAAUGAUCGGACCCUGUUCGCCUGCGGGACAAACGCCUUCAACCCGGUCUGUCGGAAUUACAAGAUGGAGUCGCUAAUACAGGAGGGAGACGACCUGAACGGACAGGCCCGGUGCCCCUUCGAUACCAAGCAGACCAACAUCGCCCUCUUCGCCGAUGGUAACCUCUACUCUGCAACAGUGGCCGAUUUCCUGGCGAGUGAUGCAGUGGUUUACCGGAGCCUGGGCGAGAAUCCGGUUCUGCGCACCGUCAAGUACGAUUCCAAAUGGCUGAAAGAGCCUCACUUUGUCCAUGCAAUCGAACAUGGUCCAUACAUCUACUUCUUCCUCCGAGAGAUCGCCAUUGAGUACACAACGCUGGGGAGGGUGGUGUUCUCUCGGGUUGCACGGAUCUGCAAGAAUGACAUGGGGGGCUCUCCGAGGGUCCUGGAGAAGUACUGGACCUCAUUCCUGAAGGCCCGUCUCAACUGCUCGGUGUCAGGGGACUCGUUUUUCUACUUCGACGCCCUCCAGUCACUGACCAAUGUCGUGAACAUCAAUCAGCGUCCGGCAGUCAUCGGAGUGUUCACCACCCAGACUAACAGUAUUCCCGGCUCGGCCGUUUGUGCGUUCUAUAUGGAUGACAUCGAAAGUGCCUUCAGUGGGCCUUUUAAGGAGCAGAGAUCCACGGACUCCACCUGGACGCCUGUCCCGGAUGACAGGGUGCCCAGUCCAAGGCCUGGAUGUUGUGCGGGUCAUGGGGAGGCCAAGAGUUACAAGAGCAGCAACGAGUUCCCCGACGAGAGCCUCUCCUUUAUCAAGUCGCACCCGCUCUUGGACGAGACUGUCCCACUGAUCAUGGAGAGGCCUUGGCUGACCAGAACUGUUGGCAGGUCCAAGCUGACCCAGGUGGUGGUGGACACAGCGGCCGGACCGUACCAGAACUACACCGUGCUGUUCGUGGGCUCGGAGGACGGGACCCUCCUGAAGGUGCUACCCCAACUAGACCCAGGCGCGCCGGCGGGUGGCCUCCUGCUGGAGGAGAUGGACGUCUACAACCCGGUGAGGUGCAGCGUCAAAGGUGUGGACCGGAGGAUCCUGGACCUGGAGUUGGACAAGGACCACCACGCCGUGUUCGUGGGCUUCCCAGGAUGUCUAGUCCGGGUGCCCCUGAGCCGAUGCGGGAGCCACGGGAAGUGCAAACGGGCUUGCAUCGGCUCGAGGGACCCCUACUGCGGCUGGCUCAAGACAGGACGCUGUGACACACUCCACCCUGGGACCAGGAGCGGCUUUGAACAGGAUGUGGAGUAUGGGAGGAGCCAGUACCUACAGCAGUGUGAGGACCCGGCUCCAUCCAUCCGGAAUAGUCUGCAGGAUCCAUCCAAUGGUGUGAAGAAGGAUACGGACAAUCCCGAACGGAGCGGAAACAUCCACGUCAACUUCCUGAUCGCCUGCACCCUCUCCGCCUUCGUGUUCGGGGCGUUCCUCUCGGGCCUGGCCUUCUCCUGGUACUGCAGCCAGGCCCUGGACAAGGCCAAGAGGGCCGGCAAGGAGGCGGAGGCGGGCGCCCUGGCCCACACCGUCUCCCUCCCCACCCUGGCCAAGCUGACCGGCCUGCUGGACGGCCAGCGCAAGGACGGCCGGGCCGAGGUGCCCACCUCGCCGGUCUACGCCAGCCUGCUGGUCAACUGCGGGGCCCGGGCACCCCUCCCGGAACUGGCGGCCCUGCCCACCCCCGAAUCCACGCCCGAGCUGCCGCUCAAGAACGUCAAGCCCUUCAGGGGCCAGUGGGAGAGGGCCCCCGGCCCGGACUUUGACGGGAGGGGCCCACGGGGACCGGGGCCUGCCGCCCACCCCUGCGCCGCCCAGCCCUUCCACAUCCCCAGCGCCGUGGUGCUCCCCAACAACGCGCACGGCCGCCACCUCACGGCCCCCGGCCCCGGGGAGGGCCGGGAGGAGAAGAAGGCCCGGGGCCUUGAGCUAGGCCUCAGGCCUCCCUCCGGCGAGCCUCCCCACAAGGCGGUGGACAUCAGCACCCUGGACGAGCUGCUCAAGCACCUCCAGGAGAUGAGCGCCAACUCGCGGGCGGCCCCGACCGGCCCCGGAGCUGGGCCCCAGGGCCCCGCGCCCCCGACCCCCAGCCGGGCCCAGCCCAGGGUGCCCGACCUGGAGGACGCGGCCUACUACACAUCGGCCACCCUCCCGCGGGACGGCCCUGCCCGGAAGGCCCACCCCCAGCCCGAGGCGCCCCCUUCCCAGCGCCGGGCCUCCCACCAGAGGCACUCGCUCUCCACCACCUUCCCCAAGACCAACCCCGCCGCCGCCGCCGCCGCCGCCGCCGCCCCCGGCUUGGCCAAGCACCACAGCUUCAACCAGGCCCGGGGACCCCCGCUGCCGCCGGCCCCCCAGGACUCCGCCAGCAACCCCACCUCCACCCGUCAGACCGGGCACCCGGGCACCGUCCCCCGCCAGGGGUCCCCGAGGAGCGCCAAGCCCGACGUCCUGCCCAAGCCGGCGCCACCCAGCAGCCCCUCGGACCAGUAAUGGCGGCCCCGCGCCUCUCUCGCACAAAAGGGCGAGGGUUCAGAGGUCGCGUUGCCAAGGAGACGAGCGGG